AUGAAACCUCAUGCAGAAGAGGAAUUUAGAAAAAUCCUUCUCGAGUCAACCAAAGAGUCAAGGAAGAAUACCAGCAUUAAGAUCAACCAAAGCAAGUCGAUGGAAAUUGAUAAUUUCCCUGGUGAUGAUGAUUUUCCUCCCUCUAUCGAACAAUGUUUCGGAUAUCUAUCUAAAGAGGGAAAGGCAGGAAGACGAAACACCACUCUCAAAUUCAUGGAUGAUGAAUUUCACAAAAAAUUCAUUCCUUCUUCCAAAGAACAAAACCCUAUCUAUCAUGCGUAUGAAGAUCCUCAAUCAGGAAAAGUUUGGUUUGGGAAAAGAGAGAGACCUCUUGAACACGCAUUACCUUACAAGGGACUCUUGAAAUUCAAACCAGAAGGUCCAACAAGUCAUUUGAAAAUUGGAUUAUGUAUCAUACCCAAUACUGAACAUAAUCCCUGGAAGAAGAGCAUCGUUCAAAAAGAGUCUAAUCGUGGGGUGAUGUAUGUGGCUGAAGAGGGAUUACCUUUUGAUUGUAUUGGGUCAAAGGGCAUCAAGAAAGACUCAAUGGAAACCAACUAUGAAAGAGAGGAAGACAAGGAAUUCAUUCAACAAACAAAGAAGAGAAAUGCUACUUGUUCUAAAGUUGGGUCCGUGGAGUCUUUUUCACAGCAGCAGCCCUGUCAUGAAUCUAUGCAUUCUCUAUUCGUGGCAUAUGAAAACCAGCAUCUCCAAAAUCCAUCUCCAUUCAACUACUACUUUAAUCAAAAGUAG